UGGUCACACUGUUCUGGUUGUCGAAUCGAAAAUCAACAUCCCCUCAUUUAAUUGAAAAAUUUUUGCAUUUGCUGAGAAAAUAUGAAUUUAAAACCCGUGUUUGCGAUCAUAUUCCUGCUGGGCCUUGUGGCCGGCGGUUGGGGCUUUUUGGAGCAUGACAGUUGGAUUACUAUUGAAUUGCAACAUUCUCUGGGUUCUACAUCGAAUAGCUUCUCUUUCCGAGGAAAUGUCACUAUUCCCAGUCUGAACUCCGGUUUGGCCAACGUCGCCCAGCCACCUUUGACCGAUCAGGAGCUUGAGCAGUUGAAGACACUUGCCCGUCAGAAUGAGUUUUACCGCCUUAAGGCCACUGUUUUAUACUCAAAUGGUGCCAAGUCAAACUUCAUAACAUCCAACAAGGCUUGCCGCCUCCUGCAGGCUCAACUGAGGGAUGUUCUUUGGAUCUCGUUGGAUCCCUCUGGCUUUGUUACAGGAAUUACUGCUUCCCAGGACACACCCACUGGAACAAUUGAGUGCAAACAGGAAGACAUUAAUCAAUUGGACGAGACACAGUUCAGCACCGAUGUCCUGAUCCGUCACGCCGAGCUAGCCCCUGUUCCAGAUACUGCAAGCUUUAUCCAGAAGGUGGAGAGGGAGCGCGAAGCCAGAGAACGUGGUGAAGUUCGCGAUAACCGUGGCUUCUUUGCCAAAUACUGGAUGUACAUUGUCCCUGUAGUGCUGUUGGUCUUCAUUUCUGGAGCUACAAAUCAAGAGGGUGCUAAAUAGAAUUAUAUUCGUUAGUUUGAUAUACACUUUUGUUUGUUAACAUUUCCUAAAUAAAAUUCCUAGACAAUUCUGGAUUUACCAAGUCAUAGCAAUAAAAGAGUAAA